AUGAUGAACAUCGUGAGGCAAGACAAUUCCCCGUACCUCUCCUUGGUCACUCAGGCCGGAGUUCCUUCUUCAGGGCCAGUAACCUUUGAAGAUGUGGCUGUAUAUUUCACCAAGGAGCAGUGGGCUCUGUUGGACGCUGACCAGAGAACCUUGUACAGGGAAGUCAUGCUAGAAAAUUAUGAGAAUGUGGCUACACUGGGAGUUCCAGUCGCUAAACCUGAUCUCGUCUCCCGUCUGGAACAAGGGCAGGAGCCAUGGGUGCCAGACCCUCAGACCUGGAACGGACGAAAAAUCUCUGAUGCCACCUCAGAUAACCUGAGAAAAAAGCACUUGUGUACUGUGUGUGGGAAACGCUUUACACAGAAACCAAACCUUAAUAGACACCUGAGAAUCCACACAGGGGAAAAGCCUUAUAAAUGCUCAGAAUGUGGCAAGUGUUUUGGUUGUCAGUCUCACCUUGUGAGUCAUCAGAUUGUCCACACUGGAGAGAAACCCUACAAAUGCCUGGUGUGCGAUAAAUAUUUCGCUCGCAAAGCACACCUUGCCAGACACCAAGGAAUCUACGCUGGAGAGACUCCAUAUAAAUGCUCAGUAUGUGGGAAAUGCUUUGCUUGCCAGUCUCAGCUGGUGAUCCACCAGAGAUACCACACAGGAGAGAAGCCUUAUAAAUGCAUGGAUUGUGGGAAAUGUUUUGCUGACCCUUCAGCCCUUGUGAGCCACAAGAGAAUCCAUGCAGCAGACAGAUCCCAUAAAUGCAGUGAGUGUGGGAAGAGCUUUGUUCAACAGUCUCACCUUGUGAAACACCAGCGAGUCCAUACAGGAGAGAAACCUUAUAAAUGCACUGAGUGUGGGAAAUGUUUUGCAGACCGUUCAGUCUUUGCGAAACACCAGAGAGUCCACACUGGUGAGAGACCUUAUAAAUGCUUGGAGUGUGGGAAAUCUUUUGCCCGACAAGAACACCUUGGAAGCCACCGGAGAGUCCACACAGGGGAGAAACCCUAUAAAUGUUUAGUGUGUGGGAAAUGUUUUGCCCGCCAGUCACAUGUCGUAAGCCACCAGAGGGUCCACACGGGAGAGAAACCUUGCAAGUGCUUAGAGUGUGGCAAAUGUUUUUCUGAGCGCUCAACAUUUGUGAGGCACCAGAGAAUCCACACAGGAGAGAAACCGUAUCGAUGUUUGGACUGUGAGAAAUGUUUUGCUUCUCCUUCACACCUUGCACGGCACCACAGAAGACACACAGGAGAGAAACCUCACCGUUGCUUGGAGUGCGGGAAAGGGUUUGCUGAUCGCUCUGCCUUUGUGAAGCACCAGCGAGUCCACACAGGAGAGAAACCCUAUAAAUGCACAGAAUGUGGGAGAUGCUUUGCUAACCGGACACACUUGGUAACCCACCAGCGAGUCCACACAGGAGAGAAACCUUAUGGCUGCUUGGAGUGUGGGAAAAAGUUCAGCGCAAAUAGAAGCUUAAUUCAGCAUCAAAGACAACAUAUAACCUAUCCCCUGGCCCAGUGUAUGCAAAACAUGUUACUUAGAAAUCAAGCCCUGCAUGAAGCUGGAGGAGCCGGGAAGGAAACGAAGUUGUACGAAUGGCUUGCAUCUGGGAAAUGGCUCAACCUCCAAGGAAGCCUUGUUCAUAAUGAAGAUAUCUACAAGGAAGGGAAACCCUUAACGAUGCCUUGA